AUGUACAACGCGCACCGCGGGCUGGUCGCCGCUCCAGGCACCUCCCGCCUGACGGAGUUGCUGGACCAGCUGCGCCAGGAAUUCGAGACUCAGUCUCGAAGCACUGGCGAAUUCGAACAUCAGUUUACCGGCCAGCUCCAGGAGAUGGAAAUGAUACGCCAAAAGGUCUACCAGCUGGAGCAGACCCAAAUCAAGAUGAAGCAAGAAUAUGAAGGUGAAAUUCGCAUGCUCCGAAACGAGCUUGAGCAACGCGGCAUUCAGACCGUCCCCCAUAUCACGCCCGCGGCGCAUGCCGCUCCCCAAGGUCAGCCGCCUCAAGUCGGUCAUGGCCCGAGCAACCUGUUCAGUGGUAUUAUGGCCAACCAAGGAGGUAGUGGUCCCGGUCUUGCCCCUCCCCCUCCCCAGGAUCAGCAGCCUCCCCAUACCCUUCAACAGCCUGCAGCUGCCCAGCCUGGUCAGCCCCCGCAGAGUUCUUUUGGAGGAUAUCCACCUGGGGCUGCUGUGACCGGCUACGGUGGUCCUCCCCCUAUUGCUUCGCCCGGCCCCGGCAAGGCUCGUCGCCCUCCGGGCCCAGCUACUCCUCAGCAGGCGCAGCUUGCCUACCCCGACCCCCGUGCUUCGCCUAAUAUUCGCCCGACGCCCCCUGGUGCCAAUGCUGCAGGGCCGACUAUUGUUCGUGCCGACCGCCCGGGUAACAUGCUGGCUAACUGGAACCCCGAUGACCUGCCGCCCUCGCAGAAGCGCGAAGGUUCUGAUUGGUAUGCCGUGUUCAAUCCCGAGGUCCAGCGUGUAUUGGAUGUCGACCUAGUCCAUCAUUUGAACCAUGACAGUGUGGUCUGCUGUGUGCGAUUCAGCCGCGAUGGUAAAUAUCUUGCCACCGGCUGUAACCGAUCCGCGCAGAUCUUCGAUGUGGUUACCGGCCAAAACGUGGCUACACUGCAGGAUGAGAACGUGGACAAGGACGGGGACUUGUACAUCCGCAGCGUUUGCUUCAGCCCCGAUGGCAAAUACCUGGCUACCGGCGCGGAAGACAAGCAGAUUCGGGUUUGGGAUAUCGCUUCGCGCACCAUCAAGAACAGUUUUGUUGGUCACGAGCAAGACAUCUACUCGCUAGACUUCGCGGGCAACGGCCGUUACAUUGCCUCCGGCAGCGGUGACAAGACGGUGCGCCUUUGGGAUAUCUUGGAUGACAAGCUGGUCUACACUCUCAGCAUCGAGGAUGGGGUCACCACGGUGGCCAUGUCCCCCGAUGGACAUUAUGUGGCGGCUGGCUCGCUAGAUAAGAGUGUCCGGGUUUGGGAUACCACCACCGGCUACCUGGUGGAGCGCCUCGAGAACCCUGACGGACAUAAGGACAGUGUGUACUCGGUUGCCUUUGCGCCUAACGGCCGGGACUUGGUCAGCGGUAGUUUGGACAAGACCAUCAAGCUGUGGGAACUGACCGUGCCGCGGGGUAUGCACCCCCACAGCGGCGUGAAGGGCGGAAAGUGCAUUCGCACUUUUGAGGGACACAAGGACUUCGUGCUCAGUGUGUGCCUGACGCCCGAUGGCAAGUGGGUCAUGAGUGGUUCCAAAGACCGCGGAGUUCAAUUCUGGGACCCGGUGACUGGCAAUGCCCAGAUGAUGCUCCAGGGCCACAAGAAUUCCGGUAAGUACCUGGAUGUCAGCGACGACGAUCUGAUGCUAAUGCGCAUUUCCGCGGAAUUUAGUUAUCUCGGUUGCCCCGCCCCAACCGGCAGUCUCUUUGCGACCGGCAGUGGAGACAUGCGUGCGCGGAUCUGGAGAUACUCCGACUACUCGGGGCGGUAA